AUGUCCAGCUCCACAUCUCGAACAUCGAACAUUGGAGCUGGCAAGUCUCGGUACAAGUUUGUUGAAGACGUUGAAGAUCUGGAAAGAUACUGUCCAGGAGGAUACCAUCCCUUGAAGAUUGGCGAUGACUUGGAUAAUGGCCGGUAUCGGGUGGUUGACAAGCUCGGUUUCGGGGGAUACUCAACAAUAUGGCUCGCCCGAGAUGUACAACAGGGUAGAUAUGUGGCUGUGAAGGUUAUCACGGCUGACAGCAGUACCUGCACGCCUGAGGCCCGUCUGAUGCGCUCACUUUGGAGUAUGGACUCGUCCAAGGCACCAGGAAGAGAAAUCAUCCCACGUCUCAUUGACGAAUUCUGGAUCACCGGCCCCAACGGGCAGCAUAAAUGCAUUGUCACUCCGCCGGCACGGAUGAGCCUGUUUGAUGCCAAAGAGGCUUCAACGUAUGGACUUUUCCAGCUCAACGUUGCACGAUCGAUCGUCGCUCAGCUCAUUCGUGGGGUGGCAUUUCUUCACAGCCAAAACAUUAUACACGGCGACCUCCAUCUCGGAAAUAUUCUGGUGCAGUUUCCCGAGUCAAUUGACCAUUAUUCCACUGCAGAGCUGUAUAGCACAUUCGGAGAGCCAGAGGCCGAGGCAGUCGUUCCUCUUGAUAAUGGCAGGCCCUUGUGCGAUGGUGUGCCCACGCAGGUAUUCAUCCCCGGUUGGUUUGGUGUUGGCAGUGAUGAGAUUGCCUUGGGAGAGGAAAAGGUCGUGCUCAGCGACUUUGGAGAGUCAUUCAACCCUCAUCAAACGCCGAGGUUCGCAUCCAAGACUCUUCCUCUCCUCCAGCCCCCUGAAGCCCGGUUCUCUGAUCUGCCGCUAUCUUUUCCCUCAGACAUCUGGACUUUGGCCUGUACCAUCUGGGAAAUCUUCGGUCAGCGGCCUUUAUUUGAAGCUUUUCGCCCAACUGCAGAUCGUGUCACCGCAGAGCAAGUCGAGACCCUCGGCAUCUUACCCCCUGAGUGGUGGGAGAAAUGGCACUGCAGACGGGAGUGGUACGAGGAUUGUGACUUGGAUCUGAAGCCGAAGAUGUCUGGCGGCGUGCGCAGAGACUGGGACCGCAGAUUCGAGUACAGCAUCCAGAAGCCUCGGGCUGAAGCAGGUCUGGAAGCCAUGACAGAAGAAGAGAAAGAGGCAUUAGAGACGAUGCUUCGAUCAAUGUUGACCUUUUUGCCAGAGGAAAGAGCAACAGCGCAGCAGAUAUUGAACUCGGCAUGGAUGAAACUGGCUCAGGGUUAG